AUGGCUAUGGCAAACCUUUUUGGCUUCUCAGCCCCGGUGGACGUUGAAAUCAACUUCAAUGGUCAGGAAAAGCGAAAACAGAUUGAGGCCAAAGUCGACAAAGACAGACGCGAGAAGUUUCCUCUUUACUUUGAUGGAGAGACUGUUGCAGGCAAGAUCAAUAUUAGAGUCAAGGAUGGUAAAAAAGUGGAGCACAAUGGCAUCAAGGUCGAGUUUGUUGGAAGCAUAGAGCUCUUUUAUGAUCGUGGAAACCACUAUGAAUUCAGGACUAUGCAACAAGAAUUGGCUGUGCCUGGCGAGCUUCGCAAUAAUACAACAUUCGAUUUCGAGUUUAAGAAUGUGGAAAAGCAAUAUGAAAGUUAUCAUGGCAUCAAUGUCAAGCUGAGAUACUUUGUCCGUGUCACAGUUCAGCGACGAUUGGCAGAUGUGGUAAAGGAACAGGAUAUCUGGGUGCAUUCUUAUGUGAUGCCUUCAGACGGCAACACUUCAAUUAAGAUGGAAGUAGGUAUUGAGGACUGCUUACACAUUGAAUUCGAGUACAAUAAAUCAAGAUAUCAUUUGAAGGAUGUUAUUGUUGGGAAGAUCUAUUUCCUCUUGGUCCGCAUCAAGAUCAAACACAUGGAGCUUUCUAUUAUCCGCAGGGAAACUACAGGUGCACCACCAAAUCAAUACAAUGAGAGCGAAACCAUCACAAAGUUUGAAAUCAUGGAUGGUGCGCCUGUUCGUGGCGAAACCAUCCCUAUACGUCUUUUCUUAGGAGGAUUCGAACUUACCCCAACGUUCCGAGACGUCAACAUGAAAUUCUCUGCAAGAUAUUAUCUGAACUUGGUUCUGAUCGAUGAGGAAAAUAGACGCUAUUUCAAGCAGCAGGAGAUUACGAUUUUCCGUCGUCGAGAUGAUGACGAGAUUGUGGAUGACCAAGCAAAGAUAGAUCAAAUUUAG